GACUCGGAGUUAAGUGCUGUAACUGCGCGGUUGACAGCAGUUGCGGUCGCUUUAGAGGCAGUCAUAGACGGGAACACCUGAACAUCCAACGGAAAUAACGGGAUUUUAUCAUCAUAACCAUCCACAUACUUAGCUUGUAAAUGAUAAUUUAGCUGUGAUCUAUAAAGAGAUUGCAAGAUGAUGCUUUCCCCGUGGGACCGCUGGUAUUCUACAAGCUGCUGUCUCUGCUGCCAUGUCCGGACAGGCACAGUUAUCCUGGGUAUUUGGUACAUGCUGAUCAACGCGGUGGUGCUGCUGAUCCUCCUGACAGCCCUCGGUGAUCCAGACCAGUAUCACCUGACCAGCGCUGAGCUCGCUAACGACAUGGACGUCAUGGAUGAUGCCAAUAUGUGCAUCGCUUCGGCCAUCUCUCUGCUGAUGAUACUGAUCUGUGGAAUGGCCACUUACGGAGCAUACAAGCAACACGCUGCUUGGAUCGUCCCGUUCCUCUGCUACCAGAUCUUCGACUUUGCUCUCAACACCCUGGUGGCUGUCAGCAUCGUGGUGUACCCCAACACCAUCCAGGACUACCUGCUACAGCUGCCGGAUAACUUCCCCUACCGAGAUGAGAUCAUGUCUCUGAGCAACGUGUGCUUGGUCUUGAUCGUGCUGCUGUUCAUCAGCUGCAUCCUGGCCUUCAAGGCCUACCUGAUCGCCUGUGUGUGGAACUGCUACAGGUAUGUGACUGGACGAGGAACCACUGAGAUCCUGGUCUACGUCACCACCAACGAUACCACAGUACUGCUGCCCUCCUACGAUGACACUCUGGCUGUUCCAGUCAAGGGCGCUCCACCCCCCUACACGACAGAAUGAAGUUGAGCCCCGCUGUUACUGCAACUUGACAACCUCCCUCUGUCCCACUGCACACACACAUACUGUACACGCAUACACCCUGAUCAAACAGACAUUUAUACACACACACACACACACACACACUCAAGGUGAUCUCCAUGUAAUGUACCCACUCCUAUAUCCAUUUUUUAAUCCAUUCUGUCAAAGUGAUACAACUAUUGUUAGACUACUACUACAGUUUCUUGCUAAAAUCAAUGGAGGGUAGAAGGUAAAAAAUAUACAAUGAUAUAAUGAUGCAAUAUUAAAUGAGUGAGAUGCAAUAUGUAAGUGCUAGAGUGUAAUAUCUCAUAUAUUUUUAAUACUUUUGUAUAUGCUUUACUUGUACCUGUACUAAAACACUCCCUGUUUACUUGUGUGUAAACUAGUGACCCACUCUUCACUUCCAAAUCCUUACUCUGUCGUGUUCAUAAUUGUUGUUGGACUGCCUUUUCAACAUCCUUUUCAAUAUCCUUCUUUCUGAUCGGGUGCACUUUUGAGAUAAUGUAUGAAGUGUGGUUACGACCGUACGGAUUCCAAAGAAUCGCACCUGCCUGUUAUCUGAUAGAAUAUGUACCCGCCUACUUCUCUAGAUGUUACUGUGGUGUGUGUGUGUGUGUGUGAGCGCGGGCAAAAAUCAAUGGUGUUGACUUAGCAUCCCCCUCACUUUAAGGUUUGAUUUAAUCUCGACUUGUUACUGUAAAUGUGAUCUGAUUGGUGUGUCCACUGAAGAGAAGGAGUAAAGUCAUGUUUUUUCAAUUAAGCCUGACGUUGGCCCUCUUUGUCAAUAAGGCGGGCCGACCUACCGGAUGAAGUCAUUUGGCAGGCUGCUUGGUAGAUGAGGAUCAUCCUCUGAGGACACAACAAUCAAACCAACUGUCUGCUACUGUAUGAAACCACAGAUAAGCUAUAUUUAUUUGUCUAUUAAAAAACAAAAGAAUUUCA